AUUAGUCUUAUUGUUUUUUUUACUGUUGAAUGUGAAGAUUGCCUUUUUUAUCCAUUUGUUUUUUUUCUUGGUUUAUGUAUCAAUGUGCAAAUACAUCUGGAUGUAUGCUCUGUGAAGCAGUUCAAUUAAACCCCAAAACAUUUGGACACAAGAAAGUAAAUACAUAAUGUGUUGAAAUAAGAAUAGUUUUUUUGGGGGGGGGGGAGAAAUUCAUUAUCAUUGAAAAGCGAUUUGGCUUAGUCAUAUUACUAUCAACUCCUCUUAAGACUAACUGUAUUAUAUAUAAUCAUUUUGGCAAUAAUAUUUUAUGAAUUCGGAUCAUAAGUGUAAUUAUAACAAGCCUAAUUUAAAAUCUUUUGCUGUUUUCUCCAGGUAUUCUUGCCAUAAGUAUGCAACGUGAAAAAGAAUAUCAGGAUGGACACUAAAGCUGUGAUGUUUUGCAAGUAUUUUACGCCUAUUCUGAGAACUCACUAACUUUUGGAAGACAGACUUUGCAUAGUCAGAAGAUUUAUUACACAGCUGUGGUUUUUGACCGGUGCUCCAGGAAACGUAAUGGAGACAGAAGAGAGGGAGGAUGAAUCACAAAAGCUCACUGCAAACAUAAAGACGGAGACGGUGGACGAGACCUCUGGCCACACCUGUGGGGUGUGCGGCCGCAGUUUUCCUCUUCUCAGCUCGCUGUCGCAGCACAUGAGACGACACACACGGGAGAAGCCGUACAAGUGUCCGUACUGUGAACACAGGACGGCUCAGAAGGGCAGUCUGAAGGCCCACAUUCGAAGCCAUAAACUAGGCCUGUUCAGCCAUAACCUCAGUGACAAGGGAGGGGGCGGGGAUCAAGAGCAGAAAGAUAACUCCGAGACACCCGACCCUCCUGAAAUUGUCAGCACAUCCGACAAGGCUCACAAUGUCAACAGCAAAGUGAAGAAGAAAGGAACAAAGAAAGAAGUUAAGGGUAAAGAUGCGAUUGAGGUCAGCGGGGCUGACAACGGGUCCUGUACCUGCAGCAUUUGUGGCCAGGUUUACCCUCAGAUACUUCUCCUUAAAGCCCACAUGAAAAGGCACCGCAAUUUACAGGAUCAUGGCUGCCGGAUUUGUGGACGCCGUUUCCGCCAGGCAUGGUUCCUCCAAAGUCAUAUGCGCAUUCACCGGGUCAAAGCCCAGCUACGAGGUGGCAAAAGCAACGAGCCGCCUGCCACCAUCAACGGAGUUCCUCAGGACUCGGCGUCGCUGACCAAUGAAGAGUGCCUCUUUGAGCUCUGUGCUGGCUGCGGUAACUUCUUCUCUGACCGCAAGACAUUACGAAUACAUGAGAAGCUACAUAAACCGGCCCACAGCCGCUCUCAGACGCCACAGGAAGACAUCGACGCCUCUGAGCCGCAUGUUGAUAAGAGGCAUUUUUUGGAAAGCCUGAACCUCAUGCGUGCUGGACCGAGGGAAACAUCUGAGGACAAGAGCCUGGGCAGGCGAAUUCCAGAGCUGGAUCCAAUUUGUAGUUACCAAGCGUGGCAGCUGGCCACAAGGGGACGACUAGUGGAGGCCACCGAGAAAUGUCUGGGAUGGGAGGAGAGGCUGGCAGACGCUGAGGUGGCGUACGACACAGAAAAGGGCCAGUAUGUACCGAGGAAGCAGGAGAAGAAGAGGAAGCAAAUAGACACCUCCAGCUCCAACUUGAAGAAGAUUAAGGGUGAAACAGGCCUUGAUCACUCGUCAAACAGCCUGGCUCACACUAAAGGUGCUGACAAGAGGAUUUCUCAGAAAGACCGUAUUUUGUUAAACGGACUUGGUCAUGCGUUUUACGAGGCACUGCAGAGCAAGAAAGACAAAGAUGUUCACCUCACACCCAGACACAACAACAGCGGCAGGAGUCAGGACCAGGAGGAUAAAAAAGCAUACCUCUGCGAGCACUGUGAUUUCCACACUGCCGACGCCUCACUACUCAGGUCUCACCUGCACAAGCAGCACCAGGACGUCCUGGGUCCCUCCAGCAAACACAGCACCAUUCUGGACAACGGCAACCAGAGUGGUUCCAAAGCCUCACGAUACAUGGACUACCUCAGAAACAGGAGUUUGUUGCUCAGUCAGCCAUACUGGAAUCCUUACACAUGUCCCCCUGGGCCGGGGUCAGCAGAAUCCAACAUUAAAACGGAGAAGUCAAAUGGUACUGAGGUAGGGCAGGGACAAACUACUACUGAUGCUGGAAGUCUUCUUAAUCUGUCUUCAUUAGCCGUAAGUGAAGGAGAAGGCCCCGUAAGUGAUCCAAUAAAGACAGAGGGUCUGGUACGACAUCAGUGCCCAUACUGCUCCCACACUACCAACUACCCAGAAGUCCUGUGGAUCCACCAGCGGGUUGCACACAGGGUGGACGGCAGCAGCUCCAUGGCACCAAAGUGGGCACCCUGCAUGAACAGCAACAAGAGUCCGAAGGCAGGUGCUACCCAGUGGAGACGCACCGGGCCUCCACCAUUCCUCGAAGGCAAGGACUGCCCUGCUUUACCUGCUCCAACAACUCAGCGCACACAGCCUCCAGGUUUGACAACCAGCAGCAGCAGCAGCAGCAGCAGCAGCAGCAGCAGCAGUAGUAGUAAGCACUCAGCUGCCAAGAACCAAUCAGGCGUCCCAAAGUCCAAGCAUCAGUCUAAGGACUCGCGCUCUUCAGAUGGGACACAGUCUAGUGGGAGGAUGGGACUCCUACCUCAAAAGAAGUCUGGUGAACAUAACCGGGCAGAGAAGGGGGGGAGUAAAAGCUCCAGCACUAAAGCUACUUCAUCGAGCAGUAGUGUGCCCAGCAAGAGCUCCCCUAGUUUCCAGCCUACAAACAGCCCCAAACACAGAAGCCACAGAGCCGCGGUGGAAGGACACUUCCCACAGGAGGGUUUGGGAUUCAUGUUGGCCAGAAAUCAUGGCGGGACUUCAUCCAACGUUUCCGCAGAUAGACCCCAUCCCCGAAGGCAGUCGUGCGACUCCUCUUCGGGUCCUAAGGUUCCUGAUCUGUGGGCUGCCAUGAACAUGUGGGGUCACAAAGCGUAUUUAGAGCCGGUCCAUUUUGCUCAGGUAAAGAAUGAAUCGACAGGAGAAAUGCCAAUGGACAUUGAUAUUUUGAGUCUCCUGAAAAACUACAGUCCCCAUGAUCUGGCUGCUCUUUACCAGCACUGGGGGUUUGUUGAUCCCAGGAUUGAUCCACAAGCAAUGUUGCAGUUAAAUGGAAAUUUUGGCAAAGAAGUCCACUCCGCCUCUGAAGCUUCCAAACAAGUCAACAGCCGCUCCACUUCCUCCUCAGGGUCUCUUCAUAAAGGAACGUGAAGUUACACCGUGUUCCUGUUUGCUUCCAGCCCGCAUGGUAGGGCAGAACAAAGAGGCCCGCUGUUCUUCAAAGGAACCAGCCAUAACUCCUACAGGACUGAGUCACUGGAUGAUGCAGAACAUAUGCAAUGCAAUGAGGUGGACUCCUAUUUUGUAAUAUGGUUGUUUAAUUUGAAGUGUUUUGCAUGUUUUUCUUUUGUUUGUUAAGAGUGUAGAUACGUUAGUUACCAGAACUGUUUGAGAUUUUUGUCAGGGGUGGAAAUGAAAUGUUAAGCUACAUUUGCUAAAGGAUAAAGACAACAUUAUAUUGGCUAAAGGAGCACAGAUAUCAGCUGGUUUUGAGUAAAAAAAACAAUCGAUUUAAAAACACAGGAUGCCAGUAGAAACAGUCAGAAGCUGUGACGUCAACAUCACAAUUACCUCUCUCUAUACUGUACGUUUCAGUUUGUUGUUUUAACGGAGCUUACAUGGGUGUAAAAAUGGCAUUUUUUUGUUUUAAGGUUAGUACCACAUUUGAUUGUCUCAACAUUCUGCUUAUUGUCACUUUCAAUGUUAAGCUCAUAUUUACAUAAUUAUCGAGAACUGACCAGAAUCCAGGCUUUAGCACUGUUGGCUCAUAGCCCCACACACACACACAUUAAGGGUGCUCCGUUCAUAUUAUUGUUCUCACACUGAAUGUGGUCUAAAACAUCCUCAGCCCACAAUCACAAGCAGUGUGCUGAAGUCAGUUCAAAACAACUGGAGAGAUAUUUCUCCUAAACAUUACAGCUGCUACACAUAAGACCUGUUCUGUGCUUUUUGACCAAAUACUACUAAACCUUGCCAUCAUUUUGACAGAACAGGAUCAGGGCAUCAUCAGUGCAUUAGCUAUCUGCUGUCGUCUGCUACCAUCUGUUCGUGCAAAGUUAACCGACUGCUCACUUCCAGUUCACAGGCGCAGAUUACACCACUCGUUGUAAAUCUACAACUAGUCGAGCAUUUCGUCCUUGCUUUUUUGACCACUUUUGAAUCCGUGUCAAACAGAGAAAGCAGCACCAUGGCUGUUUUCACUCAACAUAUAUCCAGGGCAAAUUCAUAGCUACUGCCAAACUUAAGAUCCAGAAUAGACAAUCAUUUAAAUGUGAGAAAACCAGAGGAAAUACCUAAAUUGGUCGACAGUCAGUCUGUCAAUCACGUCAAUGUGUCAAAAUGACACAAAGAAUGAAAAGUGGUAUCCUGCUUUAUCGUUCUAAGUUUGAAAUUUAAAUGCAACAGUUUGUCCUUUUUUUCUCCUCUCAGAAAGAUAGCGUAAACAUCUGCACUCAUUUCACAUUGUGCUGGUGAUGUAGCAAUUUAAUGCUGUGAUGUUGUAGAAGUAGAAAAUGUAGCAAUAACGAGUUCUACUGAUGUGACCCUGACGUACCAGUAAUGCUACUAAAGAGACUGCAAAAAUAUUUUGUUUGACUUUUUGAAGUUCACCUCAUUCUAAAAUUUGUUUUCGUGUGUUGUAUGUUUGCAGAUUUGUUUAGUAAGUUUAUAUUUUAGUUAAAACUCAGUGUAUUCAUCUUCCAUAGAGAAAUAGUCUAUGCAUUUGACAAAAAGCCAUCAAGUUAUGGAUUCUUGGGUGAUCUUGAGAAGACACAUUUUAUUGUUGGAGUAUUGACUUUGAUCUGUGUGGAAAACUGUUUUUUGAUAAAUAUUGUAAAUGUUAAUUUUAUUUAUGGUCAUUUUUUUUUGUUUACUAAGAGUGUGAUUGUAACACUCCAAAGUACUUGACAUUUGUAGUAACAACAGAAAAAGAAGAACAAAAAUAAUCAGUGACCCACUUGAGGCCAGAGUGCAGGGUCUGUAAGGAGUGAGCCUCCUGCAGCAGGUUUUACUGAGCCUGUGAUCCAACAGCUGUCUGUAAAGAGACAGUGAGGCAGGAAACAGUGAGGCAGGGAUUUUCAUGCAAGCCUGAACUUUUAUGCGAACCUGAAGCUUACAUUUGAGCUCUCACUGGGUUGAUGUUUGUGACUAUGUCAACAGUUAAUAAUUUCAAAUCAAUUUCUAUUUUCACCAGUUCCACAUUUUGUCUGACUGUUAAAAUACACAAAUAAAGUUGGUCAAUGUAGAUUUAUAUUAUGGUAGUGCUGUUGUCAUUAUAUCUCUCUUUCACACACCCCCCCCCACACACACACACACGCACACAUAUGAGCCAUCACACAGUGUUUGUUCAAAAGCCAAAAAGCCCAAACAAAGCCAUUUGUGGUCUAUAUUUAGCAGUCACACUUUACUUAAUUUAAGUAGAAUCCAGACAGUUGAAAGCUUUUAUAUAGAGAAUACAUGAGGAUUAUUUGCCUAAAUUUGGAUCUAGCAAAGAACACCAGUUUGUGUUUUUAGGCCAUGCUUUCUGACAUCGGAGCUCAAUAUGCUCAUUCCACCUUCAAACAACACGGUGCAGCUAUCCACGGUGCCCUCCGUUUCAUUACAAGAGAUUCAUUUGUACUCAUCACUCUGUACCUCAUGAAAAACAACAAUAAGAACUACACGCUAUCAUUUUGGUUUAUAAAUGCUGUGUCAGUUUAUCACAUUCCUUCUCACAUUUAAAACUUAAAUCAGAGCAGAGCCCAGGGGGCUAUUUCACAAAAGCAGAAUUAAGAAAUCCCGGCUAAAAGAAAAGGCCAGACUUGACCCGGUACAGUCGAUGCAUUCUGGAUGAGGAGGUGCAACAAGGUAAAGCCGGGUGUAGCAAGGUAAAGCCGGGUGUAGCAAGGUAAAGCCGGGUGUAGCAAGGUAAAGCCGGUGUAAGUAAUCCAAAUAUAUGCACUUUCACAGCUUGUUGCAGCAGACCACGAGGUCGAUAACAGAUUUACUGACGCUAAAAUGGAGAAAAGACGUUCCACAUACUUAACACCCAGUGAGCAACAGCUACGAAUGGAAGUUUACUGAGA